AGUUAACCGUCUCACCUUGUUAAUCAGUUGUCGGUGACUCUAAUCAAAAUGCAUAAGAGUUAUCAGUCAGUCUUACCUAAUACAAACAAACUACUAAAGAAACGAUGGGAUGAUACGUAUUAUAACGAACAUAGAAAGAGGGUGGAAAUGGCUGGUCCUGUCGUGAAUACGAAUCCUCCUCCAGCCUACAUUCAUUUACAUUUGAAAUUGAAAAAGCAACAGAUUGAAGAAGAGCGCUUGGCAACAAUUGAAAGGGACAAUCGUAUUCUUUUAGAAAAAAUGAGUACCAUAAUGAGAACGAAAGGAAGAGUCGAUAACAGGAACGAUUAUGAAUACAAAAGGUGUUUAAUUCGAAAAAAAAUAUCGAUCUUUAAGCUUAAAAACAAUCUGUUAAACAGCUUGAACAGGGAAAAACGAAGUAGGGAAUUACUUCGAGUCAUGAACGAAAAUCAAGAGAUAUUAAGAAGAAUAACUUCUAGGAAACCCCAAUACGACCAUAUGAAGUGGGAACAAGAUUGGAAUGAAAAUCUAAGAUAUAUGGACUCAAUUUCAGCCUAUCCUAAAGAUUGGUGGAAGCAAACUUCGAAGAGCAGUUCUCCUACUUUUAGUCGUCAACCGACUACCAUGAGUCAGAGAAGCAGCCAAAAGAAAAGUAAGAAGAAGAGUGCUUCUUCAAGUGCCGAAAAGGACUUAUAG